AUGGAUGUACCCGGCAUCGCAUUGAUCACAGGAGCCGCCUCAGGUAUCGGCAAAGCCUGCGCAAACGCCUUCGCCAACGAUGGUGCCUCCGGCCUCGCCCUCCUCGACAUCAACUCAGAGGCCCUAGACGCAGUCAAGGCCGAAAUCGAAGCAAAGCAAAAGCAAAAAGGCGUGACCAACCUCAUCCGCAUCGAAGUCUUCCCGACCAAUAUCGCAGAUGAAACCAGAGUCAACGAAGUAGUCGAAGAAGUUGCAAAGAAAUUCGGUCGCAUCGGCUACGUAGUCAACGCAGCCGGUAUCGCCAUGAAACACCAAGGUGGUGCAGCAUCCUGCGAAACAAGCGACUGGGAACGCAUCCUCAACAUCAACCUGUCCGGGACAUUCUUUGUUCUUCGCGCUGCGGCUAGAAUCAUGCUUAAGCAGGACCCUAUUCUGUCCAGUAUUGAUGGAAGACCUAUACAGCCGGGAUCGAUUGUCAAUUUCUCUUCUAUCCAGGGUGUUGUUGGGAUCCCGCUGUCGACGGCUUAUACGACAAGUAAACAUGCUGUUAUCAGGUUGACGAAGACUGCGUCGGAUGAUUAUGCCAAUCAGGGAUUGAGAAUCAAUGAUAUUUGUCCGAGUUAUACUGAGACGCCGCUUACGACCAAGUCGCCGCAGAUUUUGCAGGCGAUGAUUGAGCGGGUUGGGAGUAUGGUGCCUAUGGAGCGGAUGGGGAGACCGGAGGAGAUUGCUGAUGGAGUUUUGUAUCUUGCUGGUGGGCGCAGCUCUUUUGUGACCGGGUCUUCGUUGAUGGUGGAUGGUGGUUAUACGGCGCGGUAG